AAGGUGGUAGUCAUAAAGGUCACUCCACUGGGUUACUGCCUUGUCUCUUGAGUUGCUUCCAGAGGAUGCUACACACCUUCGCCUUAUAACCUUAGCCAACAUCAGUAUUGGCUAUGUUGAUACUUGCACAUUCACUUGAGAAAUCUGGUUCGGGGAUCAGCUUGGUAAAGAAAUCAUUAAAUCUGGCAGGUGCUUGAAGAAAGUGGGAUUAACAGGAAAGAAAAGAGACUUUACUUCUUGCCAGGAUGAAAGACACACAUGACAUCCAGGAAGCCCCAGAGACCCUGCAGAGUGAAGUCAAUAAGCAGGACAAUAAAAUGAAGAAACAAGAACUUUUUGUACACAGAAAAGAAGAGAAAUAUGAAAAUCUCCCAGUGUCACAGGGAUCUUCAGUACAUUUUUAUCCCAAAGCAAAAAUUUCAGAUGUCACAGCACUGUCAUUAUCUCUUGACAUACCUCUUGGUUUCCAUAUCGUGACUCCUCAGUCCAGUGGAAUAACUAUGUCAACAAUGGGACCAUUGACUUCUAAGUCUACGAUGAAAACCUAUUCCCUAGAAGAAGUCAGCUCAGAACUCAGCUUUAUUCCAGAGAAACUGCCUGAGAUACCUAUGAUUGGGGAAGGAGAAGAUUAUUUCCUUUCUUUGUUUGGGGAUGCAAAGAAACUUAUUCCACACUCAGACUACAUUGAGAAAACUUAUAAACACUUUUCUACAAUUCUUGAAGAAGUUGGCCAAUCUACGUCCAGUUCUCUUGGAGACAUUCGCAUAGCCGAAGUGAAGGAUAUGUUUAUAAAGCUCAUUAAUUCUUCCAUGGACAAGGAACUGGAGAUCGGGGAUCAUGUUCUCCAGCAAAAUGUGAAUGGACAAACGAUUUCUUCAUACCGAUUUCUUCCAAAUAUCAUAAUGCAGGCCAGUUCCACAGUAACAGUGUGGGCAGCAGAAUCUGAAGCAAAGCAUCAUCCACCAACAGAUUUUCUUUGGAAGGAACAAAACAGGUUUAGAACAACUCCAGACUGUACGAUGAUCCUGUGCAAACCUAAUGGUGAGGCCAUUGCCUGGUACACGCCUAUCCACUGGAAGCAAGCGUGGGAGAAAUUGGAGACCGACAUUGAAUUUGAGAGAUGUUCAGUAGUAUCUCCAACAUUCCGAAGGCACGUAUUUCACUGGACAGCUUCUACGACUACGCUAACUAAAGAAAAACAGCCUCAACCUAAGAAAGAAACCUCAAAAGGUCAGGUGGAAGAAGCUCGAGCUUUCCUUGAGAGAAAAAGGGAGAUCCCACCAACUCUUCUCCCCAACUGCAGCCCUUGGUGCCACAGUCCCUCUUACCCUGCACAUCCCUACUGUCCUCUGAUCGAACCUCAUACUGUGUGUGCUGCUGGAAGCAGCCUGGGUAGACUGCCCAGGUCUCAGUCUGCAAGGCUUAGCUCAGCCCCAGGGACCAAGAAAAAGAAGACAAAGUUACAAAGCAAUAAAAUGUUAACUCAGCCUUUAAAGGUCAAUAAAAGCCAAGUCUAAAGAGCACAAGGAUGCAGCCAGCUUCCAUCACUCAGGAGAAGAAUCCAGCAGCAAAAUGGAACAUGGUUUUACUUAGGAAAGAUAAUUCCUUGAGACUUUACUGUAACCAUUUCUUAAAUGAGAUAGAAUAGUGAACAAGUUAAAGUAUUUGUUUUCUAAGCAGUUAAGAAGAAAAACAUUGGUCAAAGCAAAGCUAGUGUAGUCUUUAUUUUGCUCACAUGAAGUGGCCCAUGUCUUUUCCCAGUCCCACUGCUCCAUUCACAACUUCUGCUUUUUUUUUUCUUUUUUCUUUUUAAGGUUUUCACCAUAGGGCACAUGCA